AGUAGAAGAAUAGUAUAAGGAGAAGAUGAAGAGAAGGAGUGUGCGGUCCCAUGAUGCUAUUGCUUCUCCCUUCUUUAAUUCUCAUUUUAAUGGGAAUUAGUUGGGAACCAAGCUCUCUGGACCACUUCCACUUUUCCGAAUAUUUUCCCACUCGCAUCUAUCCCACUCCUCCCUCCUCUUCCUCUUCCUCUAAUUUCCAACCUUCAAUCUCUUGUUGUUGUUGUUGUUGUUGUUGUUAUUGUUAUUGUUGUUUAUGCUGUUGUUUCUUGUUUUUUAAUCUUAUAGUACCAGUAGUAAUAAAAGCAUGGAAUUAAGUUUGUGAUGAAGAGUAGAAUAGUAGUACUUGCAGAAGGUGAUGAACAUGGAUAUGAGCAUGAACAUGAACAUGAACAUGAUGAUGAUGAUGAUGAAGAAGAAGAAGAGAUCAUGGGAGGAGAUUGAAGGAAAGAAGAGAUGAAGGAAAAGGAAGUGUGGGGAUUCGUGUCAAUCCUAAAUCAACCACUCUUUUUCCAGUAGCUAAGGAAAGCAAACAGCAAUAAAUAAAGUUGUGAUCAUUAAGACCAUGCAGUUAGUACCAUAUACUACUCCCUUAUUGCUUUGUUUCUAUCUCUCUGUUUUUCUAGUUUUGGAACUCCCUUUUUUUAAGUUCCUAGCUUCUCUCUUCUUGUGAUCACUUGAUCAAAGGACUAUCAGUACUCUCUCCUUCUUCUUCUUCUUCUUCUUCUUCUUCUUCUUCUUCUUAAUGAAGCUCAAGGUUUGAUUGAAUUGAAGGAGUUGUUAUAUAUAUAUAUAGAGAGAGAGAGAGUUUUUAGUUUGUUUGUGAUGGCACAAGAGGCACGGUACUAUACGGAGUUCACCGGAGAAAACCCGGCAUCGGUCACGCAAGGUUUCGAUCAAGGACCGGAGCUGUUUAACUUACAAGCAGGGAUGGAGAUGUUAGGUAUACCAUCAAAGAAUCAUAGAGGAGGACACCAGUCACAAAACCCUAGUUUAUGGAGAGGUUUCAACACUGAUGAUGAUGAUGAUACUACCAACGGCAAUAACACUCAUCAUAAUGAUAUAAUAGUAACACAUGAUGGUAAUCCAUGGCAACAGCAGCAGCAGCAGCAGCAUGCCGGAAGAUUGAUCGUCGAUGAUUCAUCGCUUCGAUGCUUGUUUCCGCCUUCCGGUGUUAAUUCCGAUCAACACCACCACCACCACCACCAACAACAACAACUAGCUGGGCUUUCGCUGUUUCCGGCCGAUACUUUGUUCGCAAAAUCAUUAACUACAAAUCAUCAUCAUCAUCAACAGCAACAGCAACAGCAACAACAGAUGGUGAUUCAAGAUGGGAGGUUCUACACAACAUAUAUUCCAAGUCCAUCAGCUCCACAAAGCCAAAGCAUGCAAUUGAGAAGUUCCAAAUACUUAACACCAGCUCAAGAACUACUCAAUGAGUUCUGUAACUUAGGCAGCAGCAGCAGCAACAACAACAACAACAACAAAAUAGCAAAAGAAAAGCAACAAAGGAGUAGCCAAUGGGAAGAAGGUGGAACUUCAUCAUCUUCAAACACAUUCACUCAGUCCCUACUCUCCAUGGACCUUUUGGAGCUUCAGAAGAGAAAAUCCAGACUGCUGUCCAUGCUAGAAGAGGUGGAUAGAAGAUACAGGAAGUAUUGUGAGCAGAUGAGAGCAGUUGUGUCGUCGUUUGAGGCCGUGGCCGGAGACGGUGCGGCCACCGUUUACUCUACACUUGCAUCAAAGGCCAUGUCGAGACAUUUUCGAUGUUUGAGAGAUGGAAUUGUGGCUCAAAUUAAGGCGACGAGGAAGGCGAUGGGCGAAAAGGAUCCUGUUGCUCCUGGAACUACUAAAGGCGAAACUCCGAGGCUUCGGCUUCUUGAUCAAUGUCUUAGACAGCAAAAAGCUUUUCAACAAGCAGGAAUGAUGGAGAGCCAUCCAUGGCGACCGCAAAGAGGAUUACCGGAGCGUUCGGUCUCCGUCCUUCGGGCUUGGCUUUUCGAGCAUUUUCUUCAUCCGUAUCCUAGCGAUGUCGAUAAACAUAUACUAGCACGACAAACAGGAUUGACAAGAAGCCAAGUAUCCAACUGGUUCAUAAAUGCAAGAGUGAGGCUAUGGAAGCCAAUGGUGGAGGAGAUGUAUCUAGAAGAGGUUAAGGAACAGGAGAACAAUUCUGAAGACACUGCAAACCCUAACCCUAACCCUAACCCUAAUCAGCUCAUGCAUUCAGAUCAAGACCAAAAGCCAAUACUGAAUGACAGUGAUUCACUCUCCUCAAUCAUCAACAACAGUCACCAAAAGAACCAUCACCACCAAAUUCAAACCACCGACAACUUCGGUGUCGUCGACCUUGAUUUCCCAUCCUACAAUGAAUGCUCAGCAGCUCAUCAAAACUUCGGUAACGGCGUAUCACUGACUCUGGGCUUGCAGCAGCAUUCCGGAGGUGGUAUGAGCCUCUCGUUCUCGCCGGCUUCACAGCACUCCUUAUUCUUUAGUCGAGAAAACCUCGACGAUUGCCAACCAGUUCAAUUCUCAAUCUUGGAUGGUGAUCAAGCUCAGAACCUUCCUUACAGGAACUUGAUGGGAGCUCAAUUGUUGCAUGAUCUUGCAGGCUAAGUUAUACAUUAAACAAAGCCAUCACAUUCACUGCAAGUACUGUUUAUCAUAUACAAACAUAUAUAUAUAUAUAUAUACAUAUUUGUAUAACUUUGUACAUUGUUUUGAGCUAGCAGUGAAUACUAUUUAGCUUCUCUAGGCUUUGCUUGCUCUGUGA